CAUUUUGAGUUAGCUGAUCAAUCCAAAGCAAUGGAACCACUAGAUCCCGAGGAAGAACCCUCCAAAAAGAGGGCACUUCCAAAACUCUUGCUGCAUAUAUUCUUUCACAUUUUGUUGAUUUCGUACUUCAUUGCCGCAACAGUUGUUUACAUAACAUAUGACAGCAACACCCGAAAAUGUAUUAGUCCGAGCAGUUCGGACGAGCCGGAGUCCUCGAACAACACUGCGAAUGCAACAGAUAGUGAUGGAGAUAAGGAGGACGAGACCAAAUUUAAAGCGUUUAUUCUAUGCAAAAUGAACUGGUGCCAUGGCUACGGGUUUCUCAUAUGUUUCUUUGUUACUUUCUAUAUCCUUUGGCUGUACUACUGGGUAUUCAAGCCGUUCAUCGGGCAAAAGUUGUAUGACGAGAAGAUCGAUCCGGCCCUCGACAAAUGGAUUGAGUUCAGUCGCCAAAAGGUAAUCUCGUUGAUAACGCUGCUAAUUGUUAUUGUCCUGGCGGUGGCCUAUCUAAUAUUCGAGUGCCGCGACGAUAUGAACAAAUUGAUGGGUCUUGCGGGACCGGUGGUUUUCCUACUCAUCGGGUUCGCCGCAUCAAAGCAUCACAAGGCCAUUCCAUGGAGAAUCGUCACUCAUGGCAUCCUGGGACAGUUAUUGAUGGGCAUUCUGUGCCUACGCUUGGCCUUUGGGCGAGACUUCUUUGACUGCGCUGGCGAGAAGGUGACAGUUUUCCUGAAUUUUGCCGGCCACGGAGCCCGCUUUGUGUAUGGCGAUCGCAUUUGCGAUGAGUUCGUGUUUGCCUUUGCCAUACUGGCGGUCAUCUUCUUCUUCAGUGUUGUCACCUCCUGCCUGUACUAUCUGGGCGUGAUGCAGUUCAUCCUGGGCGCUUUCGGGUUCCUGCUGCAGUCCAUGGUCGGCACCACGGUCUGCGAGAGCGUCAAUGCGGCCGGCAAUGUGUUCUUGGGCAUGUCCGAGAGUCCUCUGCUCAUUCGACCGUAUAUCGAUAUACUCACAAUGAGCGAGUUGCAUACGAUCUGCACCUCUGGCUAUGCCACAGUGGCGGGAACCGUGCUCGGUGCUUAUAUUUCCUUUGGCGCGUCGCCAGCCUAUCUCAUCACGGCCAGUGUGAUGGCGGCUCCGGCCUCGCUGGCGUUCUCCAAACUCUUCUAUCCGGAGACGGAGGAGUCUCAAACUAGGUCAGAAAACAUUCAGCUGGAGAAAUCGCCAGACACUUCCAUUCUGGAUGCAGCAAUCAGCGGCUCUGCAGCCGCUCUGAUGAUUGUCCUGGGUAUUGUCUCGAACAUAAUUGCAUUCCUGGCCAUGGUUUACUUCUUCAGUGCCGUCAUCGAGUGGUCGCUAGAGAUGCUUGGCCAGGAGGAGAUCACUUUGCUCUAUUUGCUUAGCAAGUUGUUCAUCCCACUGGUUUUCGUCAUGGGUGUGCCGUCCUAUGACUGUGAGCGAAUUGGACUUGUGGUGGCCGAGAAGACGUUCAUUAACGAGUUCGUGGCCUACAAGCACCUGGGCGAAUUGAUUAAAGGAAAAAAAGUUGAUAGUCGGAGCGCAGGAAUUGCCACGUUCGCCCUCUGCGGAUUCGCCAAUCCGGGCUCUCUGGGCAUUCUAAUAGCAGCUCUCAGCGCCAUGGCACCAUCUAGACGCUCGGACAUAACGCAAGUGGCGGUGCGCGCCUUCUUCGCUGGCAGUUUUGUCAGCUAUACAUCGGCAUCGCUUGCUGGUAUUCUCAUUCAAGAACGAGACCUGCAUACUAUAAGCAAUAGAUUCUCACGCUAUGUGGAGACCCACAUGUCCGACGAUGACAUCCAGCACCAAAUGCUGACUGUAUAGCAUGAUCUCAAUG